CUGAGGCAAGGUAGAUAGUCUCAGGUUUCCACCACCUAUUUCACAGCAUUGUCUGUGUCUUACCCACUAAUAAUUAACUUUUAUCUGAGCAUGUGCUACAGUUAAAACUGACUGUCUGAUAGUGUGAUCUUUGUCAUGUUUUUUUCAAUGGUCGCAGAAGGAAUUAUGUGAUCUAAGGAAUUCUGUGCCUUCGAUUCAGAAAGUAGGGUUUUUUACUGUUUGGAUAAAUUGCAGAGCUUUACAAUGAAUUCAAGUAACUCAGCUAUCCUGAUUGGAGAAAAGAGGUCAAUAACAAGAGCUCAGUUCCUGUCUUUGUUGGAAACAUACAACUGCUAUUUAAAGGAGAACAAAAAUGUACAGCUCUCAUUUCAUGAGGAUGAAGGACAAAUUGUUGUAGAGGGAGUGCUGAAUAUAUCUUGGGGUGUACACCAGCCCAUUAGAUUAAAAAUUCAGGAUGAAAAACAGGUGCUUUCUUAUGCAACCCUUCGGUCGCCUGAGCCGAGUGGAAAAAGAGGAAUGACACGAUGGGGAGAGUUUGAUGAUCUUUGCCAUAUAGAUGAAAUGGAGGAAACCAAACAAGAAACUGCUGCUGAAGACACUAAGGAUAACAGAGAUUAUGACAGUGGGACACUGAAACCAUACAGAGUUCAAGAUCCAGUUGAAGAGUCACCUGUCCUGUACCGAACCAUGAGUGAUGCUUCCCUUGUGAAGAAAAGAGUGAAAUCUAAAACAGCUGCAGAGAGACAGAGCGCUCACCAGCACAGGUGUUCAAUCAAUGGUCAUUUUUAUAACUAUAAGACCUCUGUCUUUACGCCAAUAUUUGGGUCUGUGACCAAUGUAAGGAUAAACACUAGAAUGACGACACAAGAAGUUAUAGUUCAACUUCUUCAAAAAUUUAAGGUGGAAAAUGAUCAUCACGAAUUUGCACUUUAUUGCAUUCAUGCAAGCGGGGAAAAAAGGAAGCUAAAAGAAUCGGAUUUUCCCUUGUGGGAAAGGCUUCUGCAGGGACCUUCAGCUAUUACACAAAUAUUUUUAAUGGACAGGGACGAACAAGAAGUAAGCAAUGAUGUGGCUCAGUAUCUUCAACUGGAAAUGCCCCUUUUGAAAAUCAUUCUUGAUAAGUUAAAGGAUGAGGAAAACCGGGAGAUUCAAAGGAUUGUUACAAAGUACCAACAGCGCAAGAGAAACAUCACACAACAAAUCCAUUCAAAAAAUAUGCCAAAGACUGAAACAACUGUAUAAAAGAUGAGAUCAUCUCAACUUACAAAAUAGCUGUUAUUACACAAAGAAUAUGUUCACAAUGCAGUCAACACGCUCUAAAACAAAAAUAAUUGCUGAUUCAGUAAUGUACUUCAGGCUAACGUGUGUAACAUUGUUCAGAAGUCUAUUUAUAAAAGCCUUUUUCAGUGUUACAAAAGUGCUACCUAAAAGGCAGAACUAGCUCUAUUAACAAAGCAUAGAAGGGACAGAUGUUUUGGACCACUUUUAUAUAUAUAUAUAUAUUAGGGGUUUUAAUUAUUUAUCGAUAAAUCUUGUCUACCUGAGUGCGGUAUCAAAAAAUGGCGCACGAAAAAUAUAUCUUGAACACUGGCAGAGGGUUCUAUAUUACCAAGAUACUCAACUCUGCCUUUACUUCCAUUACACAGCAUGCAGGGGAUCAUGGGAUAUAAAGAGAGCUUCAGGGCUAUUUUUCUAAUUAGUCUAUGGAGGGCGGUCAGAUUGGGACGAUUUUCUCAGUGUUUAAUGAACCUGGUGAAUGAUGACAUAACGUAAUUGAUAAGAAAAAUGAACACAGUCCUUCAUCCGCGCAUGCUCAGUUAAGAUCACAGGUUUUCUAGUGCUGUGUAAAAAUGUUUUGAUUUAUUUACAGCAGUAGUAUGGUAAUAAGCGGUAUUUUUGCUGUAGUAAUGCAAAUGUAGUUUCUAUUUUUAAUAUUAAUUUCAUGAAAUAUGAUGUGAAAUAAUUCAUAAUUGCCUUAUUUAAUGAUAUAAAAAACAUCUCCAAUAGAGUUUAUUAAAAUAAAUAUUGCAAAACGGUAAUCAGUUGAUAAGGGUCUUUGUUUUAUUAAUGUAUUUUAAUAUAUUUACAGAGAAGUUACAGUAGUAAAUUAUAUAAAUACAAUUUGAUAAAAAAAAACAAAAAAUAUAUAAAAACUGAUGUCUAAUACCGUUUUAAAUCCAAUAAAUCCAUGUUUUAUAACUGCAUCUGCUGUGCAAAGAUCUAAUCUCUGCUUUCUAUGCACGCACCAUCUCUGGUACUGCGUUUAUAAAAGUGCAUUUUUCGUAUCAUUUAUGGUAUGUCAUCAUUAACACAGGUUAUGCUUUUCGUCAAGACACCCUGGACAGCUCAAUCAGUCAUCACUCCAUUGACUCUCAAUAGAAAGACCCUGGGCUGCUCAAUCGGUCACCACUCCAUUGACUCUCAAUAGAAAGACCCUGGGCAGCUCAAUCCGUCACCACUCCAUUGACUCUCAAUAGAAACCACUCCAUUGACUCUCAAUAGAAUGACACCCUGGGCAGCUCAAUCCGUCACCACUCCAUUGACUCUCAAUAGAAAGACACCCUGGGCAGCUCAAUCCAUCACCACUCCAU